CCCUGGCCGCGGCUGCGCUGCGCCCGCGCUUAUAUCGCGCCGGCCGCCCGCAUGGCUGAUGAGAUGCAAAUGGCCAGCCCCCCAGCCUGGCGAGCGCGGCCACAAAGGAGCCACUUUUCCAAACCCUGCGCUCAAUGGAUCGCCAAAUGAUACUUUCCCAGGAUUCAGUGAUGGGGGUGAGAGGUUUACAGGGAUUUGUGGGGAGCACCUGCCCACAUAUAUGCACGGUGGUGAAUUUGAAGGAACUGGCGGAACAGCACCGCACCAGGCAUCCUGGCUGCACUCCAACCAUCGUGGUCGAUGCCAUGUGUUGUCUCAGGUACUGGUACACCCCAGAAUCUUGGAUCUGUGGUGGCCAGUGGCGAGAAUACUUUUCUGCUUUGCAAGAUUUUGUUAAAACCUUUACAGAUGUUGGCAUCAAGUUGGUUUUCUUCUUUGAUGGAAUGGUGGAGCAGGGCAAGAGAGAUGAGUGGGUGAGAAGGAGGCGCAGAAACAGCAAGGAGAUAGCCAGGAUCUUCCAUUACCUCAAGGCACACAGGGAGCAGCCAGGGAGGAACAUGUUCUUCAUCCCCUCAGGCUUGGCCAUAUUUACCCGCUUUGCACUAAAGACACUGGGUCAGGAAACCCUGUGCUCCUUGCAGGAGGCAGACUAUGAGGUGGCUGCCUAUGGCCUCCGGCAUAACUGUCUUGGGAUUCUUGGAGAAGACACUGAUUACUUAAUCUACGACACGUGUCCAUACCUGUCCAUCAGUGAGCUCUGCCUGGAGAGCCUCAGCACUGUCCAGCUCUGCAGAGAGACGCUGUGUGAGAGCCUGGGUCUCCGCGUGGCAGAUCUCCCCCUGCUGGCCUGCCUGCUCGGCAAUGACGUGGUUCCUGAGGGCAUGCUUGAAAGCUUCCGUUACAGAUGCUUGUCUUCCUACACCUCUGUGGAAGAAAACGUCAACAAAAAAGCCAACAUGAUCCUAGCUGUGUCAGACCAUAUCGCCAAAGUGCUUCACAUGCAUCAGGGUGAGAAAGCCUUGGAGGAGAUGCUACCUUUGGGGCCAAAUAAAGCUCUUUUUUAUAAAGGAGUGGCAUCCUAUCUUUUGCCAGGACAGCAGUCUCCAUGGUUUUUCCAGAAACCUAAAGGUGAAAUGACUUUAAACAAGCAAAUAAUGUCUGUGAGAUCAGAUCCUGAAUUGAAGCAGGAAGUUCCCAUGUGUACAGAUCCCGAGUCCACAUCAGAAGUUCCCAUGUACACAGAUCCUGAGUCCACGCCGGAAGUUCCCAUGUGUACAGAUCCUGAGUCCAAGCCAGAAGUUCCCAUGUAUACUUACUCUGAAAUCAAACAAAAAUUGCCUCUAGGAACAGGCCCUGAAUUUAAGCUAGAAGCAUCUAUGAAUACAAAUCUAGAGAUCAGACAAGAAGACCCCGUACCUAUGGGGCCUGAAAUAAAGCAACCGGUAACUAUGAUUUCAGACCCUGAAAUCUUAAAGAUUGCUCGAACACAUCACGUGCAAGGAGAAAGCUACCUGGUGUAUAAUAUCCUGAGCAGCGGUGAGAUCGAGUGCAGCAACACCUUAGAGGACGAGCUGGACCAGGCCCUUCCCAGCCAGGCCUUCAUCUACCGCCCCGUGCGGCAGCGUGUCUACUCCCUCCUGCUGGGAGGCAGUGAAGAUGACACCAGCACCGGCCCGACAGUCAAGGAGUGGUUCGUGUACCCUGGGAACCCCCUGAAGCACCCAGACCUCGUCAGGCCUCUGCCGAUGACUGUUCCAGGGGGAACGCCUAGUUUGAAAAUAUUAUGGCUGAACCAAGAGCCAGAAGCUCAGGCCCGGCGCUUGGACACACUCCUAGCCUGUUUCAACCUCUCCUCCUCCAAGGAAGAGCUGCAGGCCGUCGAAAGCCCCUUUAAAGCCUUGUGCUGCCUCUUGAUCUACUUGUUUGUCCAGGUGGACACUCUUUGCCUGGAGGAUUUGCAGGCCUUUAUUGCUCAGGCUUUGUGCCUCCAAGGAAAGCCAACUGCACAGCUCGUAAACUUACAGCUUGAUUACGUCAACCCUAGGGCUGUGCAGCUCGGCUCCCUCCUCGUCCGUGGCCUCACCACUCUGGCACUGGUCAACAGUGCGUGCGGCUUUCCCUGGAAGACCAGUGAGUUCAUGCCCUGGAAUGUAUUUGAUGGGAAGCUUUUUCAUCAGAAAUACCUGCACUCUGAGAAAGGACACGCCGUGGAGGUUCUUCUGGAGCAGAAUAGGUCUCGGCUCACCAAGUUCCACAACCUGAAGGCCGUGGUUUGCAGGGCCUGCCUGAAGGAGAACAGACGCAUCGUGGGCAGAGCGCACUGGGACUCACACCACACAGGGAGAUGGGGAAGACAGGGUUCCAGCUCCCACAGGACAAGCUCUGGCUACAGCCGCUCUGGGCAGGGACAGCCAUGGAGGGACCAGGGACCAGGAAGCAGACAGCAUGAGCAUGACCAGUGGAGAAGAUACUAGGCAGUCUUACAAGCCAGGAGUGGUCACCUGGCAGCGAGCCUGCCCGCGUGGUGUCGGCCAGGACAGCCGGCCUCACCUGCCAGCAGCUGUCUGGAUCAGAAAAGAAAACUGCCUCUCCCGGGAGCGAGCCCUGUGUCUUGUAGGAAAGCUUUGGUUGGCGCCGCCUCAGGGGCCGUCCCAGACGACGCUGUUAACAUCUUCACCCUGACGUCCAUGUUAUGAGGCAGAGUUGAUGUUUGCUUUUAAUAAAUUGGAAACAAACGG